ACUGUAGAAUAUGUUCAGACAUUGAGAGAGACCAUUCUUGCUUCUGCUGAGGCAGAGACGCCUUCUCCUCCUUCCUUUGAGGAAAUUAAAGAUUCAAGAAAAAAGUUGAAAGAAGUAGUGAAAGACUUCAUCCCAGAUGGUGAGUCGCGGGCAGCUGGUGGCGGCCUUGGCGGCAGUGGUGGUGGCGGUGGGGCCGGGGGCUGGUGCCUCCUUCCUCAUGGGGGGCAGAGGGAGGCACCGGCCACCUAAAUGCCCUACCAAGUAUGUCACCAUGUAUGAAACGGAGGUGAUAGAGCAACCCGUCUACCACACUGUUGAGCAGACGCGAGAAGUGCCCACGACCGUCUACAGAACCGUGCAGCAGACCGUGAAUAAGGUGGUGGAGAAGACCCGCGUCCUGCCCAAGUACAUUACCUCCACCGACUACCGCACCCGCUACACCACCCGCACCUCCUACUCCACUAGCGUGCGCGUCCAGUACUCACCUACCUACAUUACCUCCACCACCUACGUGCCCUCCUACGUCACCACCACGGAGAUCUCUUAUGUGUACCGGACACAGACGGAGACCAAGACGAGGACCUCCACUACUGUGCACCCCACCUACAUCACCACCACCCAGGUCACCACGCGCUACCAGACGCAAGUCACCACACAGUACCAGCAGCAGUACUUGACGGUCACCAGCACGCAGCAGUCCUACCACACAGCCUGCCCCGAGCAAGGCUAUGGUGCGCCUCCCCAGAUUGACCCAUCACCCGUUUACGGUACACCUCCGCUACCACAGCAAUCCUACGGCGCCCCUAAGCCUCCACGGCAAUCCUACGGUUCACCAGCGCCUCCACAGCAAUCUUACGGUUCACCAGCGCCUCCACAGCAAUCUUACGGUUCACCAGCGCCUCCACAGCAAUCUUACGGUUCACCAGGGCCUCUACAGCAAUCAUACGGGACACCGGAUCUUCCUCAGCAAUCCUAUGGUGCACCAGAUCCUCCACAGCAAUCCUAUGGUGCACCAGAUCCUCCACAGCAAUCCUACGGUGUGCCAGAACCUCCACAGCAAUCCUAUGGUUCUCCAAAUCGCCCACAGCAAUCCUACGGUCCUCCAGCACCACCACAACAAUCGUACGGUCCUCCAGCACCACCACAGCAAUCCUACGGUCCCCCAGAACCUCCACAGCAAUCCUACAGACCCCCAGAGCCACCACAGCAAUCCUAUAGACCUCCAGAACCCCUUCAGCAAACCUAUAGUCCUCCAGAGCCACCACAGCAAUCCUACAGACCUCCAGAGCCCCCACAGCAAUCCUAUGGUCCCCCAGAACCCCCUCAGCAAACCUAUGGUCCUCCAGAUUCCCCACGGCAAUCCUACAGACCUCCAGAGCCCCCACAGCAAUCCUACAGACCCCCAGAGCCUCCACGGCAAUCCUAUGGUCCUCCAGAUCCUCCACAACAAUCCUAUGGACCCCCGGAACCCCCUCAGCAAACCUAUGGUCCUCCAGAUUCCUCACGGCAAUCCUACAGACCUCCAGAGCCCCCACAGCAAUCCUACAGACCCCCAGAGCCUCCACGGCAAUCCUAUGGUCCUCCAGAUCCUCCACAACAAUCCUAUGGACCCCCGGAUCCUCCACAGCAAUCCUAUGGACCCCCAGAUCCUCCACAGCAAUCCUAUGGUCCUCCAGAUCCUCCACAGCAAUCUUACGGACCCCCAGAUCCUCCACAGCAAUCCUAUGGUCCUCCAGAUCCUCCACAGCAAUCCUACGGACCCCCAGAUCCCCCACAGCAAUCCUACGGACCCUCAAAUCCUCCACAGCAAUCCUACGGUGCCCCAGUUCCUCCACAGCAAUCCUCCGGACCCCCAGAUCCCCCACAGCAGUCCUACGGUACCCCAGAUCCUCCACAGCAAUCUUAUGGUCCUCCAGAACCCUCACAGCAAUCCUACGGCGUCCCAAAGCCCCCACAGCAAUCCUACAGCGUCCCUGAGCCUCCGCAGCAAUCGUACCUGCCACCUCCCCCGGUCUCUGCGCCCUCGUACCGGGCCCCUGGAGGUGGAUCGCUGGGCCCCGAGUCCUUCGGAACCUUCGUACCAGAGUACAGCGGCGGCUCCUUCGCUGUGUACAACAGUCUCCGGAAAAAGAAGAGAGAGUUGGCGGCGGAGGAGGUGAAGGAGGUGGCGGCAAAAGUGGAGUUUGAAGGAAAGGAUGAGAAGGAAGGGACGGAGUAAGCAAAGACAAGGAAGACAAAAGAAACCCCACAUGGGAUCUUCAGUGAGGGUUCGCGUGAGGUACAAGGAGGAAGGGAAGAAAGGGUGGAUGGUGGUGAUGUUUGAAGUGUUACUGUUUUGCUCUACUGUACCGUCCGUCGUUGCCUUCCCUGUAUUAAGCAUUUUCAUCCUCCAGAUAUUGUAAAUACUUAACUUAAAUACAUUUUUUUGUUUUUUUCUGA